UCAGACUUUAAGGGUGUGGCCUUCACUGCUCAGGCAGUUGCUGCUUAUCUCUCGAGGUAGCAACAACCUAAACCUGUUGGUAGCGAAAGCUAGUAAGAAGUCGAAGGAGAUCGUGCCAGAAAUGGACAACCCGAUAUCGUCCUCUGGCUCUCAGGAAGAGGCUCAACCUGUCAUGCGAGUAAAGACAAAAGCAGCCUACAAACUUUAUCCCCCCGGCAUCCUUUGCAAGGGGGUGAAGACCAACAAGCGUGGCAAACGCUCCCAAAAGGCUUCCACGAAGAAGGAUGCAGGGGAAGUUGUUCCUCCUGCGGCGAAGAAGGCCAAAAAAUCAUCAGCGGCCAAGAAGUCACCUGUGCUGGAAGAGUCACCCGCAGCAGCCGCCGCAGCGGCCCCAGAGGUGCCAGUGGCACCUGAGGCACCAGCAACACCAGCAGCGCCAGAGACACCUGUGGCGCCAGCGGCACCAGAGGCACCAGCAGCCGCACCAGCUGUAGAGGAGGCAGCAGUGGUCGAGGAGGAGCCGAGAGUGGCCAUGGAGGUAGCCGUGGCCGAAGAGCCAACAGUGGCCAUGGAGGUAACCGUGGCCGAAGAGCCAAUAGUGGCCAACGAGGCAGCCGUGGCCGAGGAGCCAAUAGUGACCAACGAGGCAGCAGCGGCCGAGGAGCCUGCAGUGGCCAACGAGGCAGCAGCGGCUGAGGAGCCUGAGGUGGCCAACGAGGCAGCAGCGGCCGAGGAGCCAGCGGUGGCCGAGAAGGAAGAGGUGAAGCCCCUCGAAGAGGAACCGGCCAGCAGCGAAGCAGCUGAUACUACAACCACAACUCCGGUUGAGGCAGAUAGCCAAUAGAUGGCUAUCUCAAUGCUGGGAAUUCCCCAGACCCCAAAGAAUAAAAAUUGAAAUUAUAUUGAUGUUAAAAAUAAACUAA